GAGCUACCUACCUAGAUAGCAUUAUGAGGCAUCAUAAGUGUAAACUAAAAAAACAUUGUGCCCACAAAAUAUUAAGUGUUACUAAGCAUUAUAAGCUUCACAGGUAGCAUUUUGGGUAUGGAUCAUACUUCAGGUUAAAAUCUAGUGAGCUGCCUGUCUAGACAGAAUUUGUGGACAUCAUAAAUUUAUAACAAAGUUCAAAACCUGGACAGUAUUUCUGGCCAUCAUCUAUACCUAAGGUCAAAAUCUAGUGUGCCUCCUACAUAAUUGUAUUUUUGGGUAUGACAGGCAUCCUACUACUCUGCAUUUUUACUCCCAGCAAUGCUGCCCAGAUAGGCUGAAUGCUAGGGUUUAAGACAGCGCCUCUUGUUUGGGUGAGAAGUGCAAAAGUGACCCAGCCCCCAUCUGACGUGUCUUGCGUUUUUGCUCUGUUGUAGUCGGAUGAGUUUACAGCAGACAGCGAGGAUGGAGAACUACAUGCAGUUUCUCACUUUCUUCAUUCUGGCGUUGGCGCUCGGGAUUGUGUCGAUCGCGUUCGCUUUAACGUGGGUUUUGCAUUACAGAGAGGGGCUCGGCUGGGACGGAGGAGCCGCUGAGUUUAACUGGCACCCGCUGUUAAUGGUGAUCGGUUUUAUUUUUCUUCAGGGAAUCGCAAUUGUAGUGUACAGGCUACCAUGGACCUGGAGGUGCAGCAAGCAGAUGAUGAAGCUUAUCCACGCAGGGCUGAAUCUUCUCGCCUUCAUCUUGGCUAUCAUUUCUGUGGUGGCUGUGUUUGAUUUUCACAAUGCAAAGAACAUUCCCAAUAUGUACAGUCUGCACAGCUGGAUUGGCCUGGCUGCUGUCAUACUCUACCCAGCACAGAUAGUUAUGGGCAUUGCCGUCUAUCUGAUUCCUGCAACUCCAGUGUAUGUGCGUGCUGCUCUUAUGCCUGUACACAUCUACAGUGGCCUGUUCAUCUUCACCAGUGGAAUAGCCACAGCUCUCAUGGGCAUCACAGAGAAACUCAUAUUUAGCCUUAAGAGCCCUGCUUAUAAAGACUCUCCACCGGAAGCUGUGUUGGUAAAUGUUCUUGGGUUGCUCAUUGUUGCAUUUGGUGGUCUUAUUCUCUGGAUUGCUACUCGCCCCUCUUGGAAGAGGCCAAAAGAAGGAAUCGCACUAACCGUGAGCAAUAACAGCUCAAGCCCAGAGGACAUCAAAGUGGGCACUGCCAUGACCUUAAGAACCGACCAAGAAUUCAGCCUCGAGACACGCAGACGCAACGGAAAAGCAGAAGAGUCUGGAUAAACAAAGAGUUUUGAAACAAGUUUGUGGAUUUUUGUUCAUUUAAUCUCAAAGAAAACAGAAGCAUCAUUCCAAACUAUUUGUUUGUUAUUUUGAAAGUUAUUCAGAACAACUUCACACUAGGAAUUGCCUGUAUGUCAAUGCUGAAAUUUCUGCUGUCAUGGAAGUCUUUGAAGGGCAUUUUAAACUGACAGCUGUAUUUGCGCUGUAUUAUCUCUCUGCUGUCAUUAAGAGCAUAUAGGGUAAAUGUACCUAUUAAGCUCACGUACCCAUUAAGCACACUUCCAUAUUUGAGCUCAGAUUAUAAAAGGAAAAAAAAAUCCUACUUGAUGUCUUAACCAAUUGAUAUGUUUGUUACUACAUACCUCCUGUAAUUUCAAGUCAAUCAGAUAAUUGCACACUGAGAUAUGAGUCUCCAUGUGUUCACACUGUCUGGCGGCCAUUUUGAAAGCUGUCUGAAAGCUUUCACCAAAAGUGGAGCCCUUUAAAUGUGCAUUUUUUAGAUGUUUAAGCCUUUAUUUUGGGCAAGUUUCACUACUUACUGUAAAAUUAAGAGAUUAAUGUUCAGACUUUUGCAUAUUAUAACCUGGAACUUGGAUGUGGGAAAUAAUUACAUUAGAUCCAAAAGAUAGGUUUAGCAACACAGCGCAGAUGCUACAGAACACAGUUAGCUGACUUGCUGUAUAAGAUUGUGUGCUACGCUAACAUAUUACUUCACAGGCAUUACUGACUUGUACUUUUACAUCCAUAAUAUUAUAAAUUGACAGUCUGUAAUUUUUAAAGAUUUCAUAUUAUUUUAAGGUGAGCUUAAAUACACUACUAUGAAAAUCACACAGCUUCAGUGUGACAUCAAUAAGAAAAAGUAUAAUUUCAUAGAUAUUGUUAAUAAUAGUUGUUCAUAAUAAAAUCUGUAUGAAUUUAAUACAUAAUCUAGAUUAUUUAAUUUUGUAAAAUCUUGUCAUUUUAAUAAAUAUUACAUGAAAUUGAUCAAAAAUUGUUGUUGCACCAAUUAAGCUCAGUGUGCUCUCUUUAAGCUCUUCCACAUUGAAGUCGUCUAUGUAAAUCCUUCAUAAACAGACUUUAAAUAUUAACUGAUGGUUGUCACUUUAAGUUAAUCUGUAUAAAAUGGUUAAUAACUUAUUUUCACAGCUUUAAGAUGACAAAAUCUAGACUUAACUAUAGUUUAUGCCCAAAGAUGAAAGAGGCAUGUCAUCCAUUCAGUGAAGGAGCCAUCAGAAACCUGUCGUAUCUGUCCAGGAAAAAAGUGACUAAAGGCUGGAAUACACUACAUGACUUAAAAUUUGAACAGAUUUUUAAAACACCAGUGCAUGAUGUGAUCCUUGGAAAACUGGGCAUCAUACACCAAACAAAUGAGGAUCAUGCACUACCAGGCCUUGAAGUUGUUCAGAUCACAACAAACUCAUCCAGAAACAUGAGCAUUGUUGCUAGGAGACACGUGAAAUUAAAUGAAAACAAUAUGUAUUCUAAAAUCUGCUGAAAAUAUCAAACAUGUUUGAUCUCCUCCGACUAGGUGGAAUCAAAGUCUGAAGCUAAAAAAUCGGAAUCUGUGACCAUCAUACACUAUGUGAUUUUCUAUGAAUUCUGUCAACUCAAAUCUGCUGACUGGCUCUGAUCUUUGGCAACUAGCAUCAACUUCUCCAGACUGUAAAUUGGUGGAAAAUCGGGGCAAAAAUCGUGUAGAAUAUUCCAGCCAUAAGAGACUAUAGAUAAGUUGAUAUCCAUUUAAUAAGAGGUUUCAUAAUGAGGCUAGUUUCUGUGUGCAUCCCCAUGAAUGAAAUGUUUUAUUUGAUUUUUGAAUGUGUUACUUUGCUGAACGUGGACUAGUCUAGAUGUUGCAAUGUGCUUAAAUGACACUUUGCUAUGAAUAUAUAACUGAUCAAACUGAAUGCCUUGUUGCUUGAUUUUAGUGUUCUGUUUUUUUUUUUUUUUUUUGUGAUUGACUUUGUACCUUCAAAAAAUAUAUUUUUCAAUUAUUCUUUAAAAAGGUUGUUUAAAAUAAACACGAAUUUCUAAUAAAACAUGAUGUGAGCUUAUUGGGAACAGGGGUGUGCUUAAAGGGUACAAAAAUGUACAGCCAAACUUUUUGAAUUUAAUGAUGUAUAUCUUAAUUGAAAUGAUUUUUUCAUUUAAAAUAAAAUUAAAUAUUUUUGUGUGAGAGAUUAAUAUUUUAUUUUAACAUAACUUUUUGUACUGAAACCAAUAUCUUGUGCACUAAAAAUGUCUCAACGUAGAUUUUGGUGAGCUUAAUAGGUUCGUUUACCCUAGAUGUGUGUACUGUCCCCCCUCCCCUCGUUUUUUUUUUUUUAACAUUUUUCUUUUUUUUAGAUAUUUUAAAGUAUUUGCACUAUUAUAACAUUUAACGCACUGUAAGUUCAGUUACAUUAUACUGCAUUAUUAUAGUCAUAAAGUGUUUGUUACUCCUAAUUAAUCAGUUUAUUCAUUUUAAACUCAUCAGAUUGUAUUUUAAAUGUUUUCAGUUUUGUUAUGAUAGCAAUAUGCUAUUAGGGACAUAAAAACAAGUAAAAUUUACUAUAACAUUUUGUAUAUCUGUUGGAACAUAUCAAAACCAAGAUUUGACUUGUAUUUUAUAUUACCAAAAUUAUUUAUCAUUUGAUGGAUAAUUUUUGUAUAAAAUGCUAAAAAACUGGAUUGUUUUUUUGUUUUUUUUCUUAUGAAAUGGCAAUGCUAGGGUAACUUCAUACAACAAAACAAUUGUUUUGUACCUAAUUUACAAUGCCAAAAGAAUGGUUGGAUGAUUGACCAAGUAAAUAUGUACAAAACAUGCAGAAGUUUUAUUGUCUGUUGUGUAGAUACUUUGUUUUUUUAUAUUGGACAUGACGGGAUAUAAUAAUCCCAGCAAACAGGGCCUUUUGCUAACGUCCUCUUCGAUCCGCUUUUGUUUGUUUUUGUAAUGUUCGCUGGCAGAUGUUGGGAGGACAUUACGAACGUUUGCGUCUCCAUUUCCUUGUAAAUGAACAUAUCUUCAAACAGAUAUUUUCACAACAUUCAUUCAGUGUGAAACAGACAGUAAAAAUGAUACAUUCGUUAGUUACAGUUUACUAAUGUCCCCGUACCCCAGUCACUAUAAUAGCCUAACUACAGUUGUCAUGCUCUUUCCCUAUCAAUGUAACAAGGACCCAUCCCAUUUUUAUUUAUAAUAUUUUAAUUUCUAUUCUUUAGGACUUAGGUUGACCCAAAAUGGACAAUUAAAAAA